UGAAUGAACAGAGUAAUUUACAUAUAUCUCGAAUAUGAUGAUGUCUGGCAGCGUUAUAAUUAUAAUUUACGACGUCCCGGCAGGAACCUUUGAUGGCAAAUAUCAAAGAGACAUGUUUACAUAGAUCAAGCCAAUUCGUGGGUAUCUGCUCUGUAUAUUACUAUGAUAAAGGAGCGGUUCGACCUUGGCACACGUAAAUAUUUCGUCACAUGUAACAAUCCCUCUCCUCCAUAAUAUCAUCCCGCUUAGUAUGAGGUUUCCGGUCCGUUUGCGCGCUUUUCUUGAUAUGGAGUUCCCCCUUUCGGUUGUAAACAUGAACAGCAGCGUUUCACCGAGAGGUUCACCGGGGGACACGCACACCGUCUGCCCUACAUAAAAUGCACCCAUUGUAGGCCGAGGUGUCAGCUGAGGACGACUUGCAACCUAGAAACAGCGGUUUAGCCCCUCCUUCUCUUUGUCAGGCGCAUUGUAAACGUUAGCCCGAAGUCUUCUGAGGUACUUUCUCCCAAAAUAGCGCAUAAAACCGGCCUCAACAGCAGAACUAACAUUUCGUCCACACGACGGUAGUUUUGUUCUCUCCAAAUAACCGUUUUCUAGACCCCCCACGAAUCUUUAUCAAAGGCGCUGUCCCGGGAAACUAUGCCCAAUGACAUCAUCCAAGCCUUUUGUAUACAGUUGCUAGGGGUUACACGGUGACAUUUCAAAAACAAUCCCCUGCUGUAGACACAUUCGAGAUACGCGGUCCCGGUUGGGUGCUUACGUUAAACGGACUAAACACAAACUUUAGUCUUUAUUUUAAGAUAGAGGUAAAGCACUUGAUAUUAGAGAGCGAACGCUGGCUGCUUGAGUAUGUUAGCAGAAAUGCUUCGCGAAAGCGCACUUCGCAACUUACUUUUUGUGUACAUCGUAUGCUAAAGAAGACUUUAGCGUAAACUUUGUGACAUGGCAGACUUUGAUACAUCAGAAAAAGUGCUUAUCACAGAAAGUGCGGAGACCGUGCGUACUACGGACCCUUAUGAACGCUCUGUUGACUAUAUGGAGACUCAUAAUAUCCUUCAAAUAUUUCAGGAUAUCACUGAGAAACUGGUAUUUGAUAGACCAGACGAUCCUCUUCAGUUCAUGUUAGAGCAGGUACAAAUGAAGAUCAAAAUCCGUGAUGAGUCGAGAAGUACAUUUGUCAAAACAUAAAGAACUCUUAAAGCAAAGCAACAAUGCAAUGAAUUGACUCUAAGUUUAUACUUUUAUUUAUAUAUUUCUUGAAACGAGGUGUAUUGGUUGCUGCAGGUCAUUCAGUGACUCUACAUUGUUGUUGUUUCCAAGCAACUGUUUUUUUAUGUAUCAUGUUUCGCCACAAUUUUUAGAAGAUACUGUUUGCAUUCGUUUUCCGUCAAACAGUGCUGAAUUCUUCAUAAUGCUGUUUGUGUCUAAAUAUCUCAACAGGAUAUACUCAAGUGGCUAUCUAGAUUUUAUAAAUGUAUAAAAAAAAAAAAUAAAGUAGGAAUUGCAGACAAGCUUUCUCUGGAUUUCGGAGGCAAAGAAUGAAUUGAUUUGCGGGCGUUAUCACUCAAUCCUAUUGUUUUAUGAAAUAAAUAUGUUUUGUAAGACAAAGCAAUUUCUAUAUUUUGCAUUUUGCAAGUGUUUUCCAUAAAAAUGUCCGGCUCGACAAAAGUAGCUGGCUUUUGCUCUGCACUCAGAUGUCCAUGAAGGAUUUUGGCUGCACGAGUAAAGGAAGUCUUUGUUUAUAAUAGGCUCUUCUUACAGUGCAUUUCUAUAGUAAUCUACAUUUACUCUGCUGUUUUAAGACUGCUUUAUCAAAUACAGUCACUUGAUUUAUAAAUAAAAAAUAAGUCCAAAAUAUGUUUACAAUUACUACUUUUUUAGUGUGUGGUGUUUGUUUAUGUAGAUGAGUAGUAGAAUGUUACUAGUUUAGUGUGUGUGUUCAUAUAUUUUAGUAUACUUUAAUAAUGAAUGUUUGGUGUCUAAUGGGUUUUAAACAGUGAACAUACUGUAUUCAGAUGUUUAUCGAAUUAAUCGAAAUCGAGAUUUUAAAAGUUGCGAUUAGCUAAUCGCAAGAGACUGCGAUAUGAAAUUUAUUUGUAUUAUUUAAUUUCCCCUGCCCAGAGCAAAUGCGUGACUGGCGUCUGUGUGCGAUAGUCUUACGCCAAUUGAGCGAUGAGUGUCUUGCUAAAGUCAACUGAAAGUAUUGCCAGUGACGCUCAAUCUAGUGGCAAGCAACAGCAAAGUACAAUUUCAGAGUUGUUUCAGCCAUGUAAGUUUGCUGAGUGUUCUGUAUUUUUAUAAUUAUGUUCUGUAUUUUUAUAAUUAUUAUUUUUUGUUUUUAUAAUA